AUGCAUCUACUAGGUGAGAGGUGGGCAAGCAACGUGAACCUUGUGAUAGAGGAGUGGUCAGAAUCUCCUGAAGCAGAGAAAACUCCUGUCCUCGUUUUUGUCUACUUUUCCCUAAUCGCACUGGGCGGGGCCUCCAAAAUCGUUCAUUCUGUCAAAGUCAACGACACGGUCACUCUCGAUCCAUGUCCAAUUCCUGAAGUCGUGGGUUCGGUCAAGUCGCGGUGGGAAUGGUACCGCGAUAACGAUCUCGUCACUGCAGACUCAUCGCCAUUCCUAAAACUGCAUGAACACAACGGUUCUCUCACAAUCACUGCUCGUAUGGCUGAUGUGAAUCACGCCUACGGGUGCCGUGGUUUUGCUAUCCUGCCGAAUGGAACAGAAAUCUUUGGCCACCUCAUGCCAUAUGUCAUAUCACCUAUCAUUCCCGCAUUUCUUGAGCAUGAUUUAAGAAAUGUAACGGUCGCACGGAAUGAGCAGUACGAAAUUCCCUGUAAGGCAGGGGGUAUUAAAUCGACACUAGAAAUCAAAGUUAAUGGUGGGAAUUGGCCAUGGAAACGCGUACGAAUAUUCAAUGACACGGUAAUUGAAUGUCGUGCAUUCAAUUCUGCUGGGGAGGAGAAGGCCUCUGCUUAUCUGAGCGUCGAGCCUGACACUUGGGAAAGUGGACAUACGUUCCGUGAGAAACCGUGUGAUAGAGCGGUGGUUGUGUUGGGAGAAGAGGCGGGGUGUGGAGGUCUGCCUAUCAGCUCCUUCUUCAUUCGCUGUCCCACCCUCUCUCUCCUCGCCACUGAUGACGACGAUGCAAUGCUGAUGGACAUCUCUUGGAUUCCACGGUCCAUAUUGGGCGUCAAAGAAAAGACUCACUUGAACCACCUUAGUGAUUGGUCAGCCUGCCAUCCAUUCAUGCUGUCAGCACCCUCCGUGUGCUCCGGCAUUCUGGAAGCCGAAGGCUCCGCGGGUAGUGUCUACACAAUCUCUACUUCGCGCCUUUUACUUGCUGAGAGCACUAAUCGGAUUCUGGCCUCAACGUUCCGCAAAUGGGACUCUCUCGUGCCACCCAACGCACCGCCUGCGAGCCCGCACCUCCGCUGUUUGCAGCAAGCCAAACGUCUUGUCUGCCUCAUCGUUUUCCCCCGUUGCCUUGAGAUUGAGGCCUACAUUGAGGACUUCAACAGCUUUGACGUGGACCCUGACAAGCAAUUCCUCUCUUCGCGCGAAUUUCCCAUCUGCCAGCAGCACUGCUUUCUGAUAACAGCCCUCAUCUGUGCAGCCUCGUUCAAUACCAGCCACGAGCGCGCUGCGUUGUGGGACUACAAGCCCAAUGCCACCCAAGGCGAAGGCUGGCGGGAGUUGCUGGCUAGAGGUGACAACAUCUCACAGAUCCUUCCGGAUGAUGGCUGCACCGGUCUGUCGCGGAUGGUGACCACUAAUUCCCCGACUUCCUUUCGAGAAAAUGUGGGGGGACAGUUCCGUGACGCACCCACCUCCGCCUGCCAAUCACUGAGUUUCGCUGCUCUCUCGCCACGGCGUGCUGCCACUCCGAGUGCCUCACAAAACUGCUACAGUGGAUAUGGUGUAGAUUAUAGAGGAACUGCUCCAGCUCCCACGUCUUGUCUGCCGUGGGUGGAGUUGGACUACGUAAAAUCGGAUAGCCCUGAUCCGCUGACCUCCCUCAGCCCCUCCAUCAUCCCACGCGAAGCGCUCGAACCACUUCCCUCCAAUUACUCGGUUUGCCGCAAUCCCCUCGGUCUUGCCCCAAAGCCUUUCUGCGUGGGCUCCAGCCGCAGCACCCCCGGGAUUCUCACGCUCUUUAACUGCUCUUUUUUGGUUGAUUGCGCUUUCGCCAACUCCACUCCACUGGUAAAUCAUGUCAACCUCCUACGCCAUCAGCAGCGCAUCAAUAUGAUCUCGAUUACUGCCACAAUGUGCACUUUCUUCUUCCUCCUCAUUUUUCUCGCACUCGCCUACAUUCUGCGUGCCUGUCGGCAGGAGAAGGCACGAGUGUCAGUAGAGGAGGAGCGUGAGAACCGGCGCGCGCAACUCGUGGCGCGGCGGGUGAGGCUGCGCGAAACCAAUUGCUCUGGCCGCUGCCUUCUGUGCUGUUUCUACACCCUCCAGGAUGCCUGUGGCAAGAACGAUGGUGGCGGCCAGUGGGCUUGCUGUCGUCAUCGCUGCUGCUGCAUAGAAACACAUGAAAAAAUAGACCCGACGAAGGCUGGUGCUGAAACUGCAUUGGAGAAGGCACCGGACGACGAGGAUGAGGAAGUGCAACACUUAGUUGAGUUUUUGCGCCAGAAUCACCUUCACGAGCGGCCAUCGGCGGUGGGGGUGCUUUCGUACACUGAUAACCAGCCGCACCUCACGCCACUGGGAGUGCUUUCCGAGGCAACGGGCUCGGCUGAACACGCCGACGCCGACACCGCGUCCCACCCACCCAUCUCAAGCCUGAACUCUUACCUUCAGCCAAGUGAACCCUCCUCCACCGAGGCUUCCAUCGUCCUUUGCAGGCAUGGCUUGCAUCACACCCACUGUCUCGCUGGUGCUAACGUUGCCCACGUCCAUCUGGAUAGCGCCUUUAUGCUAGUCUCUGCUGGCCAGUUCAUGCAUCCCAAACUGAAACAGCUUUCGUAUUCCCGUAAAUUGUUGAUAGAGGAACGCACUCUUGCAAAAUCCGCCUAUGGUCACGUGAUUCUCGCUAGAGCCCCAAGUUUUUCCCUGAAAAAAAGGUUCGGUCUUGCUGAUAGUGAUCUGUCGGAAGGAUUAGACGUGCCGGAAUCACCGUACGUGGUUAUCAAAACUCUCAAUUUUGGAGCAACACCGGCUGCUGAAACAUCCUUUUUCCGAGAAGCUGAGCUUCUGAUCGAACUAGACCAUCCGAAUAUCGUGCGGAUCAUUGGGAUUUGCAUACCACUGCAACCCUACUCACUGAUCUACGAAUACAUGCGGGAUGGCGAUCUGAACACCUUCCUACACCAUGCAAGGGACGCUGCGGCCAGUCCGCAUACCUCCGCCACCAACGAACUCGCCUUUUCUGUCAUCAACGACGACGACACGGGAAGCGACGCCGAUAAGGCCUCCACUGCCUUCGUAGCUAAUGAUGAGGCACUCCCCACCCCCACACUGCUCCGCUUUGCUCUGGGUGUCUGCGAGGCCAUGAUCUACUUGAGUGGCAAGCUCUACGUCCACAGGGAUCUGGCCACACGAAAUUGCCUAGUGAACGGGAGUCACGUAAAGUUGGCGGACUUUUCGAUGUGUCGUCGCUUACCGCACAACUGCGCUGCCGAUUUGGUGGAUACAGACAGCGAGGCCCCGCUGGCCGUCCGCUGGCUUCCCCUUGAGUCCAUCCUCCAAGGCCACUUCAAUGUAGACACCGAUGUUUGGUCUUUCGGUGUCCUCCUUUGGGAGCUAUUCACAUUCGGUCAAAUGCCCUACGGCAAUGUGGAGGUGUCCGAGGUAAUCAGAGCUCUCACGGAGAAUAGGCGUCUGCCGAGGCCAGACCACUGUCCACCGUCGAUUUACAGGCUAAUGCAGAAGUGCUGGUCGCCAACGCGCGAGCAGCGGCCUUCGUUUCGAGAAAUCAAACAAGGGGGAAAUGUGCCACUCGCUUGUGCUCAAAUUGGUCUCAAGGUGAUGAACUUCCUGGACUCGGGUUCAAUGAGUCCGGAGCUGAUUCCUGAUAUCCUGGAACAGGAACCAACUGUGCAGAAUUUGACGGCGAAUACGGUUAUUGUUGAUGGCUGCCCCGUUAUCGGCAAGGAAAAGGCGGAUUUAUUAAAGAAUGUCUUACUCAAAAAGUUUUCAGUCAAUGGUGAGAUUACCUUCAGCAAUUUACCAACAAAUAACGAGGGGCAAACACGUGGAUAUAUGUUCAUAACCUACGCUUCACCUGAAGGGGCUGUCAAAGCCAUAAACGAAAUGAACAAUUUUGCUCUUGACAAGGCUCACACGCUUCUUGUUACGAGCCUUUCAGAUUUUUCCAAAUGCACAAGUGCUCGCAAACAAUGGGUCCCUCCUGAGAAAAAGCCUUAUCAUGACGUGGGCAAUUUACGCAGUUGGCUACUGAAUGAAUUUGCUCGCGACCAAUUCGCCUUGCUUCAUCAAGAUGGUGACAAGUGCUCCGUCUUUUGGCACACAAAUUCCGAAGAAAUUCUCAUUGAACAACGGGAUGACUGGUCGGAGGGUUGGAUUCACUGGUCUCCGUAUGGGACCUAUCUCGCCACUAUGCACUCACAGGGCGUAAUUCUCUGGGGUGGAGAUAAAUUUGAACGAGUCGGCAGAUUUGCGCAUCGUGAUAUUGGAAUGCUUGACUUCUCUCCCAAUGAAAAAUUCAUGGUGACUCUGAGUCAAAAUGCCGAGGCACGUGAAAAGCAGAACGCUUCAUUGUGCGACAUGGUUGUUUGGGAUGUUCGCAAAGGCACGGCGUGUCGCAAUUUCUCCGGUUCCAUAACUUCCUGGCCGACCUUCAAGUGGUCUCACGAUGAUGCCUUCGUAGCGACCUUACAGGGUGGUAAAAUCUAUGUUUAUGAAACGGAGACUUUCAAAUUGCUGGACAAGAAGCCUAUCGUCAUGCCUGUCGGUAUUAAUGACUUUGCUUGGUCUCCAACCGAUAAUAUCAUCUCUUUUUGGACACCGGAAACUAAUAACACACCUGCAAGGGUUGCCCUCAUUUCUAUUCCGACGCGUAAAGAGUUGUGCACGAAGAAUCUGUUCUCAGUGGCUGAGAUUCAAUUACUUUGGCACCCUCAGGGUGACUUCCUCUGCGUUCAGGUUCUCCGUUGCAAUAAGAAGAAAAUUGAGGAUGGGCAGGUGAAGUAUCUUGGUACAUUCGUGAAUUUUGAGAUCGUGCGCAUGCGUGAGAAGCUCUACCCGAUCGACCAGGUCUCCGUGAAGGACGCCGCAUCAGUGACCUGUUUCGCCUGGGAGCCCACUGGCAGUCGCUUUGUAUACAUAGCCACAGAUAAUGCUGGGAAAAUCACUAUCCCACUAUACGAGUUAACAAAGUCGGGUAAGGUCAGCGAGGUAAGCACCUUCGACAGAGGAAACUCCCGAAUUAACGAACUGCGGUGGUCACCAAAGGGAUCCACAUUUGUUGUUGCCAACCUGCGGACGGCUGAUGCAAGCAUCGAGUUUAUCGAUGCAAACGACUGUCAAUCGGUGGCAAAGGUGGAGCACCCAAUGGCUAGCGAGUUGCACUGGGAUGGAACAGGCCGAUACCUUGCAUCGGUAGUAACCUGGUUGAAGCAGAAAUCGGACAACGCCGUGUGGUUUUGGAACUCCGUUGGCCGACCACUCUACCAGAAGAAGGUCACCGGCCUUCACAUCUUUGCCUGGCGACCUUUUCCACCGACCCUCCUCUCUCCCGAGCAGAUUCACGCUAUAAAGAAGAGUCUGGCCAGCAAGUACUCGGCACAGUUUGAUGCAGAGGACAAAAUGCUAGCAUCCAAGGCCAGCCGUGAGGUAAUGGAGCGUCGAAAGAUGCUCACCUCGGAAUUCACUGACUGGCGAACCAGCUUGCUUUCACGCCACUCCGCCGAUAAGGCUAAACGCGACAAGCUUCGCGGCAUCGACACGGAAAAGCAAGUAGAUGAGGAGACAGAGGAAGAGCUGGAAUUCCUUGUGAAAACUUCUAGAGUGGUGGUCCGACGCGAGUCUUAA